AUGGUGAAGUUCUCAAAAGAGCUCGAAGCUCAACUAAUACCAGAAUGGAAAGACGCAUUUGUCAACUACAAGAUGCUCAAGAAACAAAUCAAGAAGAUCAAGCUCUCUAGAGUUCCUAAACAUGAACAAUCUCCUCAAAAAGACUUCGGUUACUCCAUUUUCGAUUCGGUUCGGUUCGUGGCUGAUAAACUCUUUUCCUCUUCAGACAACAACAACAAACAAAAUAUCAUUCAGGUGAGGAGGAAAAUAAUGGAGGAUAGUGAAGAAGAAAUUUAUGAAACCGAGCUGGCGCAAUUGUUUUCUGAAGAGGAUGAAAUGCAUGUGUUUUUCGCGACGCUAGAUGAAGAGCUUAACAAGGUGAAUCAAUUCUACAGGAAACAAGAGAAUGAGUUUCUUGAGAGGGGUGAUAUGUUAACCAAACAGCUUCAGAUUUUGCUUGAUCUCAAACAACUUAUGACUGAUCGGCGACGGAAAAAUAAUGUUCCGACGAGGAGUUCUAACGGCGAGGUUUUCUCUCGGUCUCCGGAUCAAAGCUCACAUUAUUCAGAAAGUUGUGGAGAAUCAGAUGAAACAAAUUCAGAAAAUUCACAAAUGGAUGAAGUGAUAUCGACAUUAGCGAAAAAUGGUGUGAAUUUUGUGAACUCGGCUACGAGAGUUAAGACGAAAAAAGGAAAGCCUAAAACGGCAAUGAGGAUCGAUAUUCCGGCCACCACUCCAACAAAGGCUAUCACAGCUGUUACUUCUAUUUUGUGGGAAGAUUUAGUGAAUAGUCCUGUAAAAGAUGGGUAUGGUGAGUUUAUUAAUAAGAGAAAAAUCCAAUAUGCUGAGAAGAUGAUUAGAAGUGCUUUUGUUGAGCUUUAUAAAGGUCUUGGCCUUCUCAAAACCUACAGCUCACUGAAUAUAGUUGCAUUUUCAAAGAUCCUCAAAAAGUUUGACAAGGUAGCAUGCCAAACAGCUUCUGCUAGUUACUUAAAAACAGUGAAAAGAUCACAUUUCAUCAGUUCAGAUAAGGUUGUUAGACUAAUGGAUGAAGUGGAAUCCAUUUUCACAAAGAACUUUACUAGCAAUGAUAGAAAAAAAGCAAUGAAGUUUUUAAAACCUCAAGUGCAGAAAGGUUCUCAUAUGGUCACUUUCUUUGUCGGUUUAUGCACUGGUUGUUUUGUAUCAUUGUUUUGUGUCUAUGCAAUCUUGGCACACUUGUGUGGAAUAUUCUCUCCUAACACAGAACCAGCUUAUAUGGAAGCAGUUUAUCCUGUUUUCAGUGUAUUUGCAUUGUUUAGUCUACACUUGUUUAUGUACGGAUGCAAUUUAUAUAUGUGGAAAGCGACAAGAAUAAAUCAUAAUUUCAUAUUUGAAUUCUCGCCGACCACGGCGCUAAAGCAUAGAGAUGCUUUUCUGAUUUGUACUGUCUUUAUGACUGCUGUGGUUGGAGCGAUGGUCUUGCACCUUCUUCUAAGGGCUGCGGGGUUUUUUCCUGGCAAUGUUGACGCCAUUCCCGGAAUUCUACUUCUGUUUUUCAUAGCUAUGCUCAUUUGCCCAUUAGACAUUUUCUAUCGUCCAACUCGAUUCUGCUUCAUCCGCGUUAUUCGUAACAUUAUCUGUUCUCCUUUUUAUAAGGUUCUUCUGGUGGAUUUUUUUAUGGCUGAUCAACUAACUAGUCAGAUACCAUUGCUAAGACAUUUGGAAACAACGAGUUGUCAUAUUUUAUCCCGGGUUUUCAAAACACACCACCCUGAAACCUGUAGUUCCGGAAGAUUAUACAUGGAAAUAACCUACAUUAUCUCAUUUUUGCCAUAUUUUUGGCGUGCCCUUCAGUGUGUAAGAAGAUGGUAUGAUGACAGCGAUGUUGCGCAUUUGGCGAACAUGGGGAAGUAUAUCUCUGCAAUGGUUGCAGCAGGAGCUAGAGUAACAUAUGGAAGACAAGAUAACAAUAUAAUGUUUUUUAUUGUUAUAAUCACAUCUGUGACAGCUACAAUGUAUCAACUGUAUUGGGAUUUUGUCAAAGAUUGGGGAUUUCUUAAUCCUAACUCAAGAAAUGCAUGGCUAAGAGAUGAUUUAGUUUUGAAGAAUAAAAGCAUAUACUACAUGUCUAUGGCAUUAAAUGUUGUGUUAAGAGUGACUUGGACAGAAACCGUUAUGCAUUUCAAAGUUGGGCCUAUUCAAACAAGGUUGUUGGAUUUUAUGUUAGCUUCAUUGGAGGUUAUUAGAAGAGGACAUUGGAAUUUCUACAGGUUGGAGCAUGAGCAUCUAAACAACGUUGGUCAUUACAGAGCAGUGAAGACGGUUCCGUUACCUUUUCGUGAUGCAGAUUCAGAUUAG